CCCACUUUUGCUUUCUUUCUGUUAAAAAGUUUUUUUUUCUUCUCUCUCUCUCUGUGAGCGCGCUUCAGAAAAAGCAACAAGACGCUUGUGGCCAGAGAGAGAGAGAGAGAGAGGAGUCCUCAAAUGUCUCUCUGAACCCUAAUCAGCUCGAAAAGGGAGAAAUGAGCCACAAGCCUCUAAUAUACGCUUUCGUUUCUCGCGGAACGGUGCUUCUCGCUGAGUACACCGAAUUCAGUGGCAAUUUCAAUUCCAUAGCGCAUCAAUGCCUCCAGAAGAUCCCGGCCACCAACAACAAGUUCACCUACAACUGCGAUGCCCACACCUUCAAUUACCUCGUUGACAACGGCUACACAUAUUGUGUAGUUGCAGAUGAAUCAGUCGGGCGACAGGUACCCAUGGCUUUUCUGGAGCGCAUCAAGGAGGACUUUUUGUCAAGAUAUGGAGGUGGAAAGGCUGCUACAGCUCCUGCCAACAGCCUUAACAAGGAAUUUGGGCCAAAAUUGAAGGAACAUAUGCAGUACUGUAUCGAUCACCCUGAAGAGGUAAGCAAGCUUGCAAAGGUGAAGGCUCAGGUUUCAGAAGUUAAAGGUGUAAUGAUGGAGAAUAUUGAAAAGGUUUUAGAUAGAGGCGAAAAGAUAGAGCUUCUGGUGGAUAAGACUGAGAACCUUCAUCAACAGGCACAGGACUUCCGCACCACAGGGACGAAAAUCCGGAGGAAAAUGUGGCUGCAGAACAUGAAGAUCAAGCUGAUUGUUUUGGGGAUUCUAAUAGCAUUGAUCCUCAUUAUAGUCCUCUCUGUUUGCCAUGGGUUCAACUGCUGAUAAUGAGCAGCUUUCUGCAAGAGGCUUUUUAUCCUGUUUAUCUAAACUCGCGGUCAUAUACAGCACAAAUAUCCUAUAUAUAUAUAUAUAUCAUGACUUUUCAUGUA